UGCCUUUAGCAGUGUUUUGUUAUUGUUCAACUUUUAAUGUCGUUAUUCUCGUUCCAGGUGUUUACAUAAUUAAAUCAAGAUUGGGUUAACGAUGUCUAAAGUCCGUCGUGCAACCCAUGCUGGAAGCUGGUACCCCGAUAAUGUGGGAGAACUGACUUGUCAACUUGAUAGCUGGUUGUCAAAGGCUAAGCCAGUCCAUUCUCCAGCCAGAGCAAUUAUAGCACCACAUGCUGGCUAUUAUUACUGUGGUGGAUGUUCCGCCCAUGCAUAUAAACAGAUUGAUCCAACAAAUAUACGACGUGUGUUUAUUCUUGGCCCAUCACAUCAUGUACGUCUCUCUGGCUGUGCGUUGUCUUCAUGUGAAAAAUAUCAAACUCCAUUGUAUGAUCUUUCCAUUGAUUCAAAAGUUUACAACGAUCUCUAUGCCACUGGUCUGUUCGAGAACAUGUCUCUAGACACAGAUGAAGAAGAACAUAGCAUUGAAAUGCAGUUGCCUUUUAUUGCCAAAGUUAUGGAAAGUCAGAAGAAUGAUCUAACCAUUGUCCCCGUGUUAGUCGGCUCGCUGAGUGCCGACAAGGAGCAGCAGUAUGGAAAACUAUUCAGCAAGUAUCUUCUAGACCCUGAAAACCUCUUUGUCAUCUCAUCAGACUUCUGUCACUGGGGGCGGAGAUUCCAUUACACAUUUCAUGAUAAAAGUUUUGGUGAUAUCUGGCAGUCCAUUGAAGCUUUAGAUAGAAUGGGAAUGGAUAUAAUAGAAAAGAUGGGCCCGUCAGAUUUUACAAGAUACCUUGGAGAUUACAACAACACUAUAUGUGGAAGACAUCCUAUUGGAGUUCUACUUAAUGCAAUAGAGUCGGUUCACACAAAGAAUGGGAAUAGGAAGAUGACAUUUAAGUUUGUUAAAUACGCUCAGUCUAGCCAGUGUAGAAGCACUCACGACUCUUCCGUUAGCUAUGCAGCUGGAACACUGGUGGUUCACUGAUCUACAUCCAACCUUUGUCCCCUUUAUUUACUUUUAAACCACUGUACAUAGUUUGAUAAAAUCAACUUUCUCUUGA